AUGGAUCCCUUUGCCGGCUAUGCCGCGCUCGACAAUCCACAACAGUUCUGGCUCGAGCUCGACGACAUCCUAGACACCCCCUUCGACUCCUCCUGCUCCCACGCAUCUACGUCUUACACCACCGUCGAUCAAGCUGAACAUCUGUUGCAUGCCAAAAGGAUCUACGUAGCUAGCGUCCUCGCCAAGUUCCUGCAUCUGUGCGCCGCAUCGUUCAACGACAAUCUCACCUCCGAGUACAACCAGGACUACUGCAUCAACCGGCUGUUCGGCUCGACGGCGUUCCGCGACGAUGUCGACCCGUCAGAAGCGGCAGAGGGAGAUGCGAGCAAUGUUGCGAUGCACCAGCUGGCGGCCGAGGAGGCGAUCCGCAUCAUGCAGACUUCCACCAGCAUUCCCGUACUGCUCAUGACGUACGAGAUCGUACUGCAGUACGGAGACGCUUUCCCAUCGACGUACAAGUCGAUACAGGCUUCGGCGUCUACGGUAUCGUUCGUUGGUGUUCGUGCGUUCUUGCAUCGCCUCGUGCAUCAGAUCUGGGCGGGAAGCUAUGCAGCGCAAGCAGAAGCAAAGAUCGGCAUCUCGGACAACAACCAUCAUCAAUCCGACAUCGUCGUCGGAUGGAACGGCGCACACUGGGAUCAAGAUCCUCCCCUCUCCACUCCCAUCUCGAAAUCGACCAGCGGAGCGUCUUCUGCAUCCAAGGACAUCGCCGUACAGAUCAGCCUUCGUCAAAAGGCGGUGCGUAUGCUGUACGAAGUGUGUCGGGUCCAGAAGCUUGAACCUGCGCAUCUCAAGGCUUUCGACGAACGAUUCAUCCACCACCUCUUCGAUCUCGUCGAAGAGACGAGACAUCACCACGACGAAGACUUCAACUAUCGUCUCAUCAAACUCCUCGUCGCCAUGAACGAACAGUACAUGGUGUCCACCCUCACCUCCUCGGCGUCAUCUCAGAUCGAUGCCUCCCACGCAACUGCACCGGUGAAUCUGGUUCUGAGCGUACUGCAGCAGAGGUUGAAUGCGAGCAAGACGUUCGGCGAGAACUUGAUCUUCAUGCUGAACAGGGCGAGCAGUUCGGAUGCCGAAGACGUGUGCAUGCAGCUGCUCGUGCUGAAGCUGUUGUACCUGUUGUUUACAACGAAGGAGACGGCGUGCUAUUUCUACACGAACGAUCUGCGCGUGUUGGUGGACAUCUUUAUUCGAGAACUGCACGAUCUUCCGGACGAAAGCGAAUCCCUGCGACACACCUACCUUCGAGUCCUGCAUCCGCUCCUCACCAACACCCAGCUGUGCACAUAUCCGUACAAGAGGAAUCAGAUCAGACGACUGCUCAAAGGCUUGGUGUCGCACGGACAUCUGAACGACAUCUCAGCGACGACACGCAGGUUGGUGGAGCGGUGUUUGAGGGCAGAGUGGUGUGUAGAGCUGGAUAGGCUGGAUGGGACGGAGACGGUGGCCAAGGUGGAACCGGUGGGUGGGGGGGAGGCGAGCGUGAGGGUAAUGGAGGCGGGGGUGACGGGUGAGGGGUUGCCGAUGCUGGCGAUGAAGAUCAAGGAGGGGAGCGGGAGUGUGCAGGCUACGGCGAAUUCGUUGGCUGUGACGACGGAGGAUGCGGUCGCUGGAGAAACGGAUUCACCGAUCGAUUCUGCAGAGACGAAGAGUGGGUCUCUCAGCGUGCCGUCGACGACGCGAACGAGGGAUAAGCGGGUGGCGUCCCUCUCGCACCCGCAAUCGGAAUCCAUCGCAAACACGCUGCUCCGCCCCACCUCGGCAGCUUCGUUGAGUCGUGCAACGGCGAAACCCCACAUCAAUGCUUCUCAACACACUAGCAGCAGACGCACCGUGUCUGCCCAGUCGGCACCGUGUACACCUCCGCGCGUCGACUCGCCUUCGCUCACCCUCGGAGGCAGGCCGAGUCUCAGGGUUUCGGAGUUGUCACCGGCGCUGGAUGGGGAUGCGGACGAUACGUGUUCGACAUCCAGCUCGUGGCACGCGCACAUGCUGGAGGAACCUGCUCGCGGAUCGGGCAAGCAUCAUGAGAAGGUGGAUGGGAUGGUCGGGUCGCCCUUGAGCAACGAUUCGACGAUGCAGCAUGUUGCCGAGACGUCGGAUUCGACCAUCGUCGGUGGACCUCAGGAGGGCUCUUCGGGCGAACCGCCAAAGAGAAGGAAACCACCACAACCACCAGCUCAGAGAAAACCGGCGGUGCAGCUGUCCACUUCGUCGACCGAUUCGGGAUCGAGCAGCCCCGCAACUGAAGAUCCAGCGACGGCGGUGGUGGUGGUGGGGGGAAGUGUGGGGAAAGCGGGGGGUAGGAGGAGACCUCCCCCUCCUCCUCCUGCGUCAGCGAAUUCGGUCGGGUCUGGAAGGGCGACACCGGGGUUGGAAGAGGUCAAACGGGAGGAGGAGGAUGAACUGGCGAACGCGCAGAGCUUCUACAUCGCAGAGAGGUUGAGGAGGGGUUUGAGGAUUCGAUGA